AUGAAUUUUUCUUGUGGUUGUUUGUUUGAUAAAAAGGUGAAAGAACCUCACUUUAAAAAGUCAAAGUACUUUGAAGACCUAAGCGCAAGUUUUGCUAUCAACGCAAAAAAUGAACAACUCGGUGCACAUUAUUCUUGGCUAGUACAACUGCAUAGACCUUUCAAUACUAAACAAAAACCUUAUAUUGAAGCCACAUUUGAAAACCCUAGUGAUCUUAACCAUCCAAUCCAUGUACCAGCAGUCCAACUCAAAGGAGAACAACAAGAUUUUGAAUAUCCUCGCUAUUAUUUCCUGUCCCCAGCACUUGGGUCCCUAGACUGUAAACUAUACAACAUUAAAAUUACGGCUUAUUCAGAUAGAUCAAAAUCAACCGUUCUUGCAGAACACGAAAACCAGCUACUAUCACGCAUCAAUUCAGACUCAUGUGUCAAAUCAGAAUUUAUUGAAAGAAUGAGUGCAGCAGCUAAAUAUGCUGACUGGGAAACAAAACAAUAA